AUGUUCAGAUUUCAGCAACUCAGAACGGGGUGGAAUGAACUGGGUAGGACGGCAAAAGUAGUGUACGGGUGCUUUUUCUUCAACAUCAUUUUGCUCAUGGGCAUAACCACUAGAAGACACAUGGCUAACAAAAGGGCGGUUGAUUUUUAUACAAACAAAAUCAUAGAUUCCAACAGCGAAAACAACGACUGGAAUUGUUACAACUCCGCAAAGCAGUAUCGCUACGAGUGCGCGUAUUUGAGCGAGGAAGAAAUGGAACAUCUGGGCAUAUGUCAGAAGCUGCAUUUAGAACUGGAGCACUGCCGAAACGAUCUGUACAAACAUAUAAGGGAAGACACUCCCGCCAUGAAAAAAACUCCGUACAUUUUAAACAAGCCAACGUGGAUCAGAGAUCCAGUUUGGUUUCAAAAUAUGCAAAGCGGAAAGAGUGAAUAA